AUGUCGAACCAAGGCUACUACCAAGGCGGGCCUCAGCCUCAGUACCCACAGCAAAGCUACGGUCCCCCAGGCGGCGGCUACGGCCAACCCCAACAAUACGGCGCUCCACCACCACAACAGCAGAUGUACUACGGUCCCCCGCAAGGACAAUACCAACAGGCACCACCACAACCAAAGCAGAAGAAGGAUAGAGGAUGCUUGGCGGCUUGGUAA